UUGUGUAUGUUAUGAAUGUAUGUGUUGUCUGUUGUGCACGUGGUGAAAACGUGCGAAGAUAUGUAAAAUGUCUUUUUUUAUAAGAACUCAACCAAAAAAGCAGUCAAAUAAACGAAACAAAGUUAAUGGUGAAUACAGUGACAAAAAACGGCCUCGCAAAAAGGAAAGUGAAGAAAUAGAUAGUGAUGAAGUAAGUGAGAGUAGUAAAAGCGAUGUUGAAAGUGACAUUGGAGAGACAGCUCAAGAGAAGAAGAUACGCCUUGCUAAAAUUUACCUUGAAGAAAUCGAAAAGAGGGAACGCGAACGUGCAGAAGAAAAUGACGUAAAUAAGGAUGUGAUAACAAGUCGUCUUCAGGAAGAGAUUAGAGAUAAAUCGGAUAAGUACAGGAGAAAUGUUGCUAGUAAAUACAAAGGAUAUUUAAAGGACGAUGUGAAGGUGCUCAAAUGUAAAGAACAUAGUUUAUCCCUUACUUGUGUUGUCGUCUCUCAAGACGGAAAAGCUAUGUUCACGGCCUCUAAAGACGGUGGUAUAGUAAAGUGGUCACUUCCGGAAGGAAAUAAACUGAAAUCACUUAAAGGCGGCAAAGAUGCGCCUCAUGGAAGUCGAAAGCCAACAAUUCUGUGCCUUGCUCUCUCGUCGGAUGAGAAAUUCUUAGUGUCCGGCGGCUUAAACAAAGUUAUCAAUGUGUGGAGCCCGGAUACAUUUCAGUUACUUCAUUCGUUUUCAAAGCAUAGUGGUGCAGUUACUGGACUAGCAUUUAGGAAGGGUACGCACCAACUCUUUAGUGCUUCUGACGAUAAAACAGUAAAAAUAUGGAAUUUAGAUGAAAUGUCGUAUAUUGAAACACUUUUUGGUCAUCAAACCGGCAUUACCAGUAUAGAUGCGUUGUCUGCUGACAGAGCUGUGACAUCUGGUGGCGGAGACAACACUAUCAGGAUAUGGAAAGUUGUUGAAGAAUCUCAGCUCAUAUUUAAUGGACAUAGGGGAUCUAUAGAAUGUGUGAAACUGAUUACAGAAGAUCACUUUCUGUCGUGUGGAACUGAUGGCGAUCUUUGUUUGUGGGGAAGUAUGAAGAAGAAACCCUUGUGUUCUGUUUCUGUGGCACAUGGUGUUAGUGAUAAUUCUGAACCAAACUGGAUAUCUAGCACAGCUGCCUAUGUAAAUAGUGAUCUUGUUGCAUCAGGUUCAUGUAAUGGUUCAGUGAAAUUAUGGAGAUGUGGUGAUUCCUAUAGAUCACUCGAACAUUUGUUUGACAUUUUAGUGGUUGGUUUUGUUAACUGUCUGGCCUUCACACCUGAUGGUAGUUAUCUUAUUGCUGGAGUUGGUCAAGAGCACAGACUGGGGCGAUGGUGGAGAAACAAAGAUGCAAAAAAUAGUAUUCUUAUAAUACCUCUGUUAAUUAGUACAGAAUAAUUUAUGUAUAAUAAAUAUUUUCUAACUUA